AUGCCGCCGCGUGACAUCUUCAUGGGGAUGCUUCCGCCGAAAGCUCCUCUAGCUGGUAUGCUUCCUCAGAGUGCCACAGCGAAGCUCCUCCCCAAAGUGGUCGUCCCUCCCGCUGAGUCCCCUGCGUCGUCGGUGUGGGCACUUCUCGACAAUGCAUGCGAAAAGUCGGCGGACGCGCGGGCAUCGAUCGCCGUCGUCGACGUCGAGGUCGAGCACGAUGGCUCUCUUUCCUCUGUUGAGUACUCUCUCAGGGCGCUGCGCCUCGAGGCGAGAACGCUUGCGCACUCCCUCAUGCACGAUCACGCCAUCUCGGCAGGCGACGCGGUGGCAAUUUUACUGGACAAUUCUGCAGCUUCUAUCGUCGCUAGUUUCGCCAUCGCUGGUCUGGGCGCGAAGAGAGUCGACUUGAACACUCGUGUUGAGGCGCACGAGGUCGCGGCUGCAAUGCGAACAACAGACGCGCGGCUCAUCAUCGCGAGCGAUCGAUACGUGAACAAGCUCUCUCGCGCGCUGCAGAUACUGCUUGAUGAAACAGUCGACCUUGACGACGUCGACUCGAGAAUUUCCGUGUGUUUUGCCGCUCGUCCACGGGCGUCGACGGAGGCUGAACUGGCGCUUCCCCGAUUCAAUGACGACGUAGCAGAGUUAAUGCGUGGCGUCAAGAUGACGCGUCUGAGCUUUGACCUGGCCUCGGUAAAUAGACCGGGCGUGGACUAUAUUCCAGGCGGCGGUACCGAUGCGUAUGAUGCUUUCAUCUCUGAAUCGGAUGAACCGUGCCUGAGCCUCCUCGACCAAGUUGCGCGCGGAGACGCGCUCCGAUGGCGUCCACAUCUCGACGAAAAAUCGCUGCUCGAUUGCGAGUACCAGGUUAUGUUCACGAGUGGAACGACAACUGGAAAACCAAAAAUCGUAUCCCAUACGCAAAGGCAAGUCUCCAUGCACGCAGUGUCGGUUGCUAAAACUUGUGGUUGGGAGCGACAGCUCCAUGUGUGGUUGCACGUAGCGCCCAUGUUUCAUGCUAUGGAUGCCUUCGCGAUGUAUGCAAGCGUAUUCGCUGGAGUGAAACAAAUCACGAUAUCGCACGAUUUCGACGUCAACGCAACUCUAAGUUUGAUCAAAUCCGAGAAUGUGACGCUCACGGCUCUCACGCCGACACACCUCGCGAUGAUGCUCAGACAACCAUCGUUCAAGCACGCCGCAUCAUCUUUGCGUGCGAUCUCCGUGGGGGGGUCGAUAGUUUCGGAUCAACUCGUGCAAUCAUUCCAAGACGCUUGUCCAAGUUGCGUUUACUUUACAGACUACGGAUCGACGGAGGCGUGUGGAAAAAUCUGUACCUCACUUGGAGCUUCAUGUUCUGCCGCCGCGCUCGCGCGUGCUGGAAACCCGAUGCCUUUAUUCGAUGUCACUGUGGUCAAAGACACGACGAGUAUGCAAUCCAUUGAGUGGAACGAUCACGAUCGCGGAGAAAUACUCGUUCGAGGGCCGACAGUGGGUGACGGAACGUGGCUUGCGUUGGGCGAUGUUGCCACUGUGGAUUCGACAGGCUCAGUGAAGAUUGUCGACCGCGUGUCAGACGUCAUCAUCGUUGGAGGCGAGAACGUUUUUUCGAGCGAAGUUGAAACCAUCCUUCUGGAGUUGGCUGCCAUCGCGGAGUGCGCCGCAUUUGGAAUAUCGGAUGAAAUUUUGGGUGAAGUUGUGUGCUGCGCAAUCGUGUAUGAUCCGACAAAUAAAAUAUCCGUGAGCUUGGACGAAGUCAGGAAGCACUGCAUCGAGCGUUUGAGCGAUUUCAAACGCCCACAGAGCUUCGUCGUGGUCAAAUCAUUACCGAAGAACUCAGCGGGUAAAGUGCUCAAGAGGGAGUUGCGGAUGCAACACCAAACUUCAGAUGCGACUACAACUGAAACUGGCGCAAAGAAGUCUACAACUGACGCAGAGCUUCUGAGAAUUGUACGAGAAGAGUUCGCACACGCCAUAGAUCGGGAUGAAACGCUUGAAACACUCGAUGGCAACACUAAUUUUAUGUCAGUUGGCGUUAGUUCAACACAAGCGGUGGCUUUUGCCCGAGCACUUGCACAGAGGCUCUCUCUUUCGUUGCCGUCAACGCUUCUGUUUGACCAUCCCAAUUUGAACAGUGUCGUUACACACGUGGCGAGUUUGUGCACGCCCAAAUCUGUGAAGGUCCAACGCGUACACCAUCCGCCAGGACCGACUAUUGUCAACGUUAACAUCAUCGAUACAACCACUACCUGUCCGUGCACAGACUCUGAUUCGAGUGCGAUCCCACUGAGUCGCUUUGACGUGGAACUUCAUUUCGCGUGUGAGGCUGAUCUGUCGAGUUCUUUUAUCGGCGCGGGAAGCGUUCGAUUCGCAUCAACUCUUGAUGAUAUUAUUGCCGAAGAAGACAUCGUAGCUUGCAAUCUGUCGCCGAUGGAGGCCAGUUACGUUGAUCCACAACAUCGACUGUUGCUUCGCCAAACGCUGUCGGCACUUUAUUUCGUCAGAAGUUACACUGCGCCGCAACCAAUCGCUAUGAGCGUCGGCACCUUCAUCGGCUGUAUGUGGAAUGAGGACUACGUGAAUUUAGUCUCUACGUUUCCAUGCGUCAUGCGUUCUCCGAGUUCCGUUUUAGGAACUGCUUCUGGGUUGUCAUUCUUGACGGGUCGCAUCGCGUUUGCUGCCAACCUGUCUGGCCCAGCGAUUGGAGUAGACACCGCCUGCUCAUCAUCUUUAGUUGCUUGUGCUCUUGGAUUAGGAUCGAUUCUUAGAUUGGAAUGCAAUGCUGCGACGUGCGGAGGUACUAACCUUCUCCUUUCAUCGAUGACGCAUUCAAAAGUUUGUCGCAUGGGUGCUUUGGCCGUUGAUGGUCGAUGCAAGACCUUGGAUGCGUCGGCGGAUGGAUACGGUCGAGGUGAGGGCGUUUCAUCAUGCCUCUUAUCAUCUGCGUGUGAGAAUUACGCUCAAGCGACGCUGAUUCAUGUUGGUGUGAAUCAAGACGCACAAUCCUCGAGCUUGCUGGCGCCACGAGGCGCAGCUCAGGCACACGUCAUAUCCGAGACGUGUUCGCGGUGCGCAGGACAGCUCAUCACUUACGAACUUCACGGUACAGGAACGCAACUAGGCGACCCUAUCGAAAUCGGAGCCCUGGGCGAGGCGUUCCUGUCGACGAAGAUCGAUCCAGGCGAGGUGUCGAUCACAAGCGCCAAAAGCUCAUUUAACCAUCAGGAAGGGAACGCGGGCGCAGCUGGUCUCCUCCGAGUAGUCCAAAGUGCCGUCAAACAUUGCACAGAGCCAAUCCGCCAUUUGACGUCGAUGAAUUCGUACGUGUUAGAUGUGCUCAGUAAUCACAUGGCGCACGACUUAUCAUUUGCUCGAUUACCUCACGCAACGAUCCAAAGAGCCGCCUCGUGCGCAAACUUUGGCAUAUCUGCCUUUGGCCUUUCCGGAACCAACGCUAGUGCUGCGUUAAAAAAUCGAGUGUUUGGCGCUGACUCGAAAUCUGACAAUCGAACAGCUCUUCUUGACAGAACCACUUGGUGCUCAAUUGUCCCACCACCAAGUGUUUUCCGACAGGUCUCAUCGAUCACGAGCACGAAGGUUCAGUUUAACGCGACAUUGCGAACGGAUGGACAUGCCUUUCCCGCAAUCUGUAUCCAGAUGUUCGGAGAGUCAACAUGCGUGUUAUCGUCGUCGCGGAAAGCACCGGCAUUUUUAACCAAGCUCUCACUACGCCCACUGUCACACGUACUUCAAAACUAUGGGAUGAUGUCGUGCUACGUGACGGCAAACUUGCAGACUGGUUCUAUGAUGAUCACUCACGGCGCUGAAACGCUCACUUCGUGUCACAUCGUGGACGGAUGGAAUUGCAAGCAUACAUCAAACGUGCUUCUACGCGCGCCAUACGCCAAGGAUGACAAGCAAGCUGCGACCGUUUUAGCUUUAAUUGAACGUCGAAACUUCCGCGCCGAAGAUCACGACUUUGACUCUGCGUGCAUCAACGCAGUACAUCAGCUCGACUGUGUCCAAGGGAAAGCCACGGUUUUGGUUUCGGUUGCAGCAUUUUCAGUGAGAUAUCAUCAACACAUGUUGUCGAUGACUGGAUUCUUGACGCUUCCAGGAGCGCGGGCGAGUCUAGGUGGAAUAUUACAGUUUGAAGGCCUCACCUUCAAGUCAUACAAGUCCUUGGUCGUUUAUCCUUUGAACUGGAAGAGAUUUAGCGCGCACCACCCACAUUUCAGACUUUUCACAGAUUUUACGAAACCGAGUGCUGACAAACCCAGUCACGUAGUCUCUGUCUCAAUAAAUGGUGAGGAAGUCCGCCGUCGAGUAGAGCGAGCGGUCGAGCACACGAUUGGGCGGCCAUUGAGCGUAGACGAACGGUUCGUUACUUCGGGCAUGGACUCUUUCACUGCGAAUGAGCUCAAAAGCGAGCUCGACUCGGUGUUUGGAUUCGCUUUCCCGGCAGCCGUUUCGUAUGAUUUUCCCUCUAUCCAGACUUUGACUGCUUACAUCGAGGCGAGGUUACGCUCGGGGACUACUACAUCUUCUACUUCCAUCACCGAAGCUCGCGUGCUCGCUACCGAUGACUACGCGUUCCUGAUUGUCGGUGAGCACACUCGGACCGCCGGAUCAGGGUUCUACAUGGAUGCCGUGUCGAUGCCCUCGUACUGGCGAUGGGAUGCUGACUACUGGAUGGACGUUCGCAAUACAGCGCUUCCUCGUUCUGGUGGUUUCAUGGAGCAGCUCAUUGCAUUUGACAACGAACUUUUCGGUAUCCCAAGCGUCGAAUCACUCCUUCUUGAUCCACAGCAGCGGACGUUGCUCGAAUGUACGUUCACUCUCGAACAUCUGAGUCGUAACGUGGUUGAACAGUCUGACAAACUCAACGUUUUCGUUGGGAUUACAACCUCAAAUUACAAGCCUGACGUAAUCAGUCGGUACUGGGGCUCGUUCCAUUCAACCAUGGGUACUGGAAAUUUUCCAAGCGUCGCCGCGGGUCGAAUUUCCUUCACGUUCGGGUUCGCCGGACGAUCGAUAAGCGUGGACACAGCGUGUAGUUCGUCGCUUGUCGCUUGUUCACUCGCUUUUGAGUGCUGGAAUCAACAACCGGUCAAUUCGUUCUCGCUGGUGUGCGGUUCGAUGAUCAUCGUGUCGCCCGCGGUCGUCAUCGAUCGCUUCGUGUCGAACAUGCUCUCCAUGGAUUGUCGUUGCAAAACUUUCUCCGCGGACGCCGAUGGCUUUGUGCCAGGUGAAGCUACUUGUGCUGUGGCUCUGAAGAGCGUUAAGACGACCGGAAAGAAGCGUGUUUGUGGCGUCCAAAUCGCAGGAACAGCGGUUAAUCAAGAUGGCCGGUCUGCAUCGCUUACUGCUCCAAACGGUCCAUCGCAACAAGCUCUGCAACAAGCGGCGAUGAUCAUCGCGCGACUUCGAGGAAGCGACGCCGAUGGACUGCAUAUGCACGGCACGGGGACACCUCUAGGAGAUCCAAUAGAGCUCGGCGCCGCAAGUAUGACUUUUGCCGAAAGUAACCUCUCAAUUGAGGCUUCUAAAAGUUCGAUAGGACAUACGGAAACGGCUGCGGGUAUCGUCGCUCUUGCUCGCACAUACGCCACCUCGAUGCUUUCAGCGUCGUUACCGCAGGUGCACCACUUACGAGGAAUCAAUCCGCAUUGCGCGUUGACCAUAGACGAAUCGAAGUGCAAGUUCCAUAUCCCACGCGAAAAAUCGUGUACACGUUCAAAUCAUGUGCGAAACGUGGGUGUGACGGCGUUUGCUUUUCAAGGUACAAAUGCGUUUGCGGUUGUGCGGUCGGUGUUUGGCGAAUACAAAUCAUCGCAAGUUUUCGUCUUCGAACACGUGGAUUUCUGGCCACUUCCAGAGUUACAUCCUCAACUUCUUGCUCAUUACAAAGAAGGAGACGUCGCACGUUUCUUCGCACGUAUAGAUCCCCGACCACACGCUCAUUUGCUCGAUCACAUUGUCGCCGGACGUGCGUUAUAUCCAGGAACGGGUUUUCAGGAAAUAUGCGCCGCGGCAGCCCGCAAUCUCUCACUUGCUCCCGCCUUGGUACGAGAAUCAACGAUCGAUGCACCUUUAGUGGUGGGCACGCAGGAGACGACGACUUUUCGGACGACGAUUCAGUGUCGCACAGGUGUCACGCGCGUCACAUCGUCUUCGGAUUCGACCUAUAUGCGAUGCAUUACUCAGCGUGAUCAUGCCGCACUGACAUAUUUGAGAGCUCCCGAACGUCAUGGCGGCUUCAGGCAGAGCAUGAACGACAUUUCAAUGGCAUGUGCAUUCAUUCCUGCGCGCGGCGCACACGUCGGCUAUGGAGUACAUCCAGCCGCAUUGGAUUCUGCGCUACAACUUGGAGCGGCUGUGAAUACCUCGAGUAAUAAGCUCAAAGUUCCGGUCGGCGCGUGGGCGUACAAAUCGUCGAAGUGCUCCUCAACAUUGAUGUUUGCGUCGGUUUGUGGGCUUAACCACUCCCUCAGCGGUGCGAGUGUCGUCGGUUUACGACUGAAGGAGAUGCGUCGCAUUAGUACUGUGAAAACUGAGCGCUCGAGUGAUGCCGUUUUGAAACACGUGUACGAAUCGCUAUGGUUCGUCACAAAAACUGCACGAAGACGUACAUUUGUUUCGAAAAGCAGGCACAUACAUAAUCAUUCACGACCGCACGACGCAGUGUGCACAGCGACACAAAGUCUGCAGAACAGCAUGUUCAGUUCCUCGCUCGCAUUCGAGGCCACACGUGAUCGCACAGUCGAGGCCACGCGGGCAGCGUUCGGCACAGCGGCGCAAGAGAAUCGUGCCAUUAAGUUUGAUUCAUCGUGUCACCUACCCAUGGACUCUACUUUUAUAGAACGAGCUCUCGAUUGCACGGAUCGCGCGGAAGGUGCGUGCAAAGAGUGCGUUGUCGAGUCCCUCGCGAUGUACGAGGCGCGUCUUCGUCACAUUAGAGCAACCGAAUCGGGUCGAAUCAGAAACGAGCAUACUCGAUCGAAAUUCCUUUGCCACGGCAGAGUUACUGGCUCAAUUGACAACUUUCUGUUCAUCACUGGUGGGCUGGGGGCCAUUGGAAUGGUCACUGCCCGCGCGUUCGAACGCAAGGAGUGGAAAUUAGCACUUCUGUCACGCAGUGGCAGAUGUCGACUUUUCGGCGAACGAACGGGAAAACUGGUUGUAUCUAUAAAGUGCGAUGUGUCUUGCGCCGAGAGUAGAGCCACGAAUUCCUUACGAACUCGGUACUUCUUCGAUAAUACGUUGGAACACAUGUUUCACGCCGCCGGGGCUCUUGCCGAUGCUUUGGUCAGCAAACAAACGGCUGGCUCCAUCUUUAUCACCACAGGGGCAAAAAAACUCGCUCAAAGCGUUCGCAUGAUCGACGCGACGCGUUUGCUCCUGUUUUGCUCGUCUCUUGCCGCAUUGACGGGAAAUCCCGGGCAGAUGAACUACUCGGCUGCGAAUGCCAUGCUCGAUGCCGACGCCAGAGACUCGCGUCGAUCCGGUAUGCCGAAAGUAAGUAUCCAAUGGGGUGGAUGGGCAGAGGUGGGCAUGGCGGCGCGCGACCCCUCGAUAGUGCAGCGCCUCGAGCGCAUUGGCGCCGCAGCUCUGGAUCCGAGAAGCGGUGUCGAAAUUAUCGCGAGCAUGUUUCGAGCUGACUUGCUGUGCGAUUGGUCAGUCAGCCGAUUCGAUUGGACUCGUAUCGCGAAGACGCUUCCGGCGUUCGGUGUGUUCAGAGAUAUGGUUGGUGCAAACGCGCCUUCACUACACACAGUUGGUGGCGUUAAAACAGAUGGUUCAGAAUCAAGAAGCAUGAGCACGCAAGACGUUGAAUCCAAAAUCUCGACAGUUGUGCGCACGCUCACAGGUGAACACGUCUCUGCAGAAACUCCCCUCAUGGAGGCUGGUCUCGACUCGCAAGCGGCGGGAGAGCUGGUGAACGCGUUGGAGAUUGAGUUCCCAGGUACGGAAGUGCCCGCGACUGUCGUCUUCGAUUAUCCAACAGUCUCGGCACUCGCAUCUUACAUAGCGGACGUUUCCGGCGUGAGCGAUGCGCGAGCGUUGAUGAAACUCGAUGAUGGCACGACGACACGCCAUUCUGAUGUUGUCGCGAAUAUAUCGAGUGCCGACUUGCUCUUACCAUCCAAUAGCGGUGAUGCGAUCACUUGCGUACCUUACAUGCGAUGGGAUAAUACGUGGUUUAGGGAGAGAGAAAAGUCGCUACUGCCAUCCUUCAGUGGGUUUUUGAUCAAUUAUGAGCUUUUCGACUCAAAUAUGUUUGGUAUUUCGAGCAGCGAGGCAUUCUUGAUGGAUGUUCAACAAAGAUCGAUUCUUGAGGGGGUCGUUGCGACGAGGAUCGCUCGGAAUGUGAUGGUUGACGAUGCCCUCGAUGAUAACGCCACCGGCGUGUACUGCGCUAUAUCGUCGAUGCAGUAUCACGUCGAGAUCGUGAACUAUUACCUUCCGAAUAAUGCGUCCCCGUUCGUCGCGACUGGUAACACACUGAGCGUUGCCGCGGGCAGAGUAUCUUUCUUAUUUUGUUUGCGAGGUCCAUGUUUCUCUUUAGACACUGCCUGCUCGUCAAGCAUCGUCGCCACACAUCUCACGAUGGAAGGUUUACGACAAGGAGAUUGUUCUUCGGCUCACAUAUGCGGAGUGAUCACAAUCUUAGGUCCAGCCGUCACGGCCAUCUUCAACGCAUCUGGGAUGCUUGCCCCGGACGGUAGAUGCAAAACCUGCGAUGUAGCGGCGAAUGGAUACGUGAGAGGUGAAGCGAGAGGUGUGUUUUUGGUCGACGCCUUUGACAUUGACUCCAUGAAUCAGUCUGGCGUUGCAAUCAUCGGAAGUGCGAUCAAUCAAGACGGUCGAUCAAGCUCACUCACCGCUCCAAAUGGCCCAUCACAGCAGGCCGUGAUGAAGGCAGCGCUGUGUAACUCUGAAAUCACUGGAAGAGACCUGCAGAAACUGCAACUACACGGAACAGGUACCCCUCUCGGCGAUCCGAUCGAAGUCGGCGCCACUGUUGCGGUCUUACAGCGCCCUCAAGGAGAUCCUCUAUCGUUAGAAGCGAUAAAAUCGCACGUCUGUCACACCGAGACGGCAAGUGGAAUGGUCGCACUCAUGCAGCCGCUGGUUUCGCUUGUCCAGAGCACAGUGGAACAAGUCUUACAUCUACGAUGGGUCAAUCCACAUGUCGAGUCAAUCGUAGGCAGAAACGCAACCCACGUCAGCUUGCCAAGACAAAACUUGGCUCGAAACACGAAGAUGUGCGGUAUUAGUUCUUUCGCCUUCCAGGGUACAAAUGCAAACUCAAUUCAACGCGUAGUAAUACGGCAAAGUGAGAUGAGACAUCCGGUGACUUCAUUGGUGUUCACAAAAGAUAGGUUCUACCCUUGUCCGUUGCUUCAUCCGCAUUUGAACUCAUUUUCGAGAACUUUCAAGCGAGGCGAUGCGCUGCGGUUUGUUGCCGUAGUUGACGUGAAAUCACACUCCCAUCUGCUUGACCACCGCGUACUCGAUAGGGCUCUCUAUCCCGGCGCGGCCUUCCAAGAACUUGCCUCUGGAGCUGUACGAAUGUUCGACGCAAGGAAUGUCUUGAUUACGAAUUCAAGUGUCCCGGCGCCGCUAUACCUGUCAGCAACCAGGAGCACGAUGUUUGAAGUCGAGUUACGCGCGCCAAGCGGACAAUUGAACGUUUUUAGCGGGGUCGUGACGUUCAUGCGCGCACGAGCGAGCACACAAGUGCAAACAUGCGUGAAAGACUCAAUUCUAUUACGCUCCACAUGCAAAAGAGUCGUGUCGAAGACAACGACCGAUCCAGGGCGAGCGUUCGGGAGAGUGAGAUCGUCAUGGGCGGAGUGGCACGACGAUUACUUUGUCGAUCCAUCAUGCUUGGACAAUGCGCUUCACCUCGGCGCGGUUAUGAACGCCGGCUCUCGUGAAGUAAAGGUCCCGGUCGGCGUGCGAGCGUACGCUGCGCAAAUCAUACCUUCUGAACAGCGUAUACUUCGAGCCAGUGCGUGCAAUGAGCGCUCAAACUACUCACUUGAGCGCGCACACGUUGUCGGCCUUGAAGUAAGAUCCAUGCGGCGCGCUCACGCGCCGGUGACAAACCACAAAAAGAUGACAUACUCUCUUAACUGGUUCGCUUCACACCCUUGCGUGUCGGAAAGUGUCACAAAACCUGGUCACUCACCAACGUCGCUGGAAUCAUCAGUGAGUGAGGAAGUUUCGACUGCGAUGUGCGCUGCCCAACAAAUCAACUCGACGACUGUUUCCGGAGUCAAAGUUUCCACCACGCGCGAAGAAAAUAACGACGCCGUGCACGGACUCUUGAGGACAUUCGGACAAGAGGCGAGACACAUACGUGCGGAAGGUGUUCGGUUUGAUAGCUCGCGAACGCAUCACGUAGCUGCGGACACAACUGUGGAGUUUGCCGGCGAAUCUCAUGAACUCGUGGUCACCGCUAACUACGUCUACGAAUCUCGCAUCGGUAACACGCGAUGCAAGGCGCCGGUAUUGCGCUCACAACGAGUCGAGAACGCUUUGGCUGGUUCCCCCUUUCUGGUAAAGAGGGUUCUGAUCACAGGCGGUCUUGGUGCGAUCGGGUACGAUUACGCCAAGUGUCGAAAUGCGUCCAGUGUAUUCGAUGCGAGAAUCCUUCUAACUAGUCGCAGUGGGCGCAGUAGUCAGUUAGACGCGACACCAUUCACGUCUUUACGCGCCAUCAACUGUGACGCCAGGUUUCGUGAGGAUGCCCAUCCGUUGGCGCCUUGCGAACUAGAUGAAAUUUUGCACACCGCCGGGGUUUUGUACGACAUGUCCAUACGAAGACAAACCGCCUCAUCGGUGCGACUCGUCGUCGGUGCCAAGGUCAACACGUGGCUGAACAUCAAACAGCGCAUAAGUGACUCACCAACGCAGAGGACCGUGUACUGUUCGUCGAUUGCCGCGCUCUCUGGGUCGAGUGGACAAUCCAAUUAUGCCGCCGCGAACGCGUGGCUCGACUCCAUCGCCAUUUUCAGUCGACUUCGGGGUGAAUCCUCAAGCUCCAUUCAGUGGGGAGCUUGGUCUAAUACUGGAAUGGCCGACGCGAAAGUUCUAGCGAAAGUCGAUUCCAUGGGCUUGGGAAUCGUCACCCCCGAGCUCGGCAUGAAAACGAUUGAACAGGUUAUGUCUCAGCACGCAAUUUUGAACGUCGUCGCGACACCGUACGACUUCGACAAGUUUGUCGAUGCCGUGCCAGUCAUUCCGAGGAUCUUCCGCGACGUCGCCGUGAAGAAGCGUAGGAGCGCUGCGAAGAAAACCUCCAAAAAGUUCGGCAAGGUCACGGUUCGAUCAGCGUCGGAAAUCACGAUGAAAAUACAGAGCAUCGCGACGGAUGUCAUCGGUCGGGACAUAAGUGCCGUCGAGCCACUCAUGGAUGCCGGACUUGAUUCACUCAGCGGACAAGAGAUGAAGCAGCAAAUCGAGGAUGAAUAUAACAUCGAGCUCAGCCCAACCGCCGCGUUUGAUUACCCGACAGUCAGCGCGCUAGCCAAUUUCGUGGCCGGCGAGUUGGGAGGCGAACAGAAGGACGCAUCGACGGAAGAAACCGGACCAAAAGUCUCCAUUGCCGAUGUUCAGGCACGAGUUCUAAGAAUAACGAGCGGCGUCAUAGGCAGAGAUGUCGAUCCACGUGAACCGCUCAUGGAUGCCGGACUUGAUUCACUUUCUGGACAAGAGAUGAAACAGCAGAUUGAGGAUGAAUUCGAUGUUGAGCUCAGCGCCACCGCCGCGUUUGAUUACCCGACGGUGCACGAUUUAGCGAACUUUGUCGCCGACGAGAUCGGAGCGACGGCAAUUACGACGACUCUUGCGCCCUCGUCACGAGCUUUCAUUGAACAGACUCAGGGGCUCGCCGUCGUGAGAGGACUCGACAUUGUCGCGCCGAGCCCACCCGAGGCUGAUGCCGUCCGACGCAUCCCUUACCAACGUUGGGAUCAUAAUCGCUACCAAGAAGUCGUUCAAAAAUGGCACGGAGAGUUCCUCACGAUGAGCGGCUACAACCUCCACGUCUGUGGAUUCUCGGGGAUGAUGGAUCGUUACUAUCGAUUUGAUUCCUCCCUCUUCGGUAUAUCCGCACUAGAGGCGGGAUAUAUGGACGUUCAGCAAAGAUCUCUUUUAGAGGGUACGGUGAAAGCCACCUCGGCGAUUAUCCGCACAUCCGUAGAAGAUACGCUUGAUGGAUCAGUGUCAACGGGUGUCUACGUCGGCAUUGCUUCGUGUGAUUACGCAGACGAAGUGAUACGAAGGUAUAAGCCCAGUCUGCAUCCAUACCUGGUCACUGGAACUUCUCUGAACGUCGCUUCAGGGAGGAUUUCAUUCGUUUAUAAUUUCCGCGGGCCGUCCAUUUCUAUCGAUACAGCGUGCUCGAGCUCUAUCGUGACGACUCACGUCGCUUUCAAAGGAAUGCGCGCGAGAGAGAUCAAUCGCACAUUAUCGUGCGGCGUUCAAGUGAUCCUGAGUGAACACCUCGUCGGUGUGUUCCAUUCUUCCGGAAUGCUCGCCGCUGAUGGUAGAUGUAAGACUUUAGACGUAAAUGCGGAUGGAUACGUGCGCGCAGAGGCGCGUGGUGUGCUCUUACUCGAGAUGAAAGAUGGUGAAAAAUCGGCGAGCGUCGUCAUCGCGGGUACGGCGGUGAAUCAAGAUGGCCGUUCCUCCUCGCUCACUGCUCCUAACGGGCCUUCGCAAAAAACAGUGAUUCGGACCGCUCUCACCGUUUCCGAUGCGCAGGGGAGAGAUGUUGACGCGUUGCAGAUGCACGGUACGGGGACAUCUCUCGGUGAUCCAAUCGAAGUCGGCGCCGCUUUCGACGUCCUAGCACGCGCAGAUAGUGACCGUCCACCGACGUUCGAGUCAAUAAAAAGCCACCUCGGGCACUCAGAAACAGCCGCGGGCAUCGUAUCAAUCAUCCAAGAGACGAAUAAGUUGGUGCAGUCGUCUUCAUCAUUGAUUUUCCACAUGAGACUGUUGAACCCGCAUUUGCAAGGAUUAUUUUCAUCAUCCGUGAAAUCAACGACGACGAGAAUUCGAGUGCCGAGAGGGUGCGCCGCGCGCCGUGCGUCACUCGCGAGCGUCUCUGGAUUCGCAUUCCAGGGUACGAAUGGAAACGUCGUGCUGAGGAGAUCGCGCGAGAAUUGCUCACGCGGAUGUUCACAAGUUUCAUUUUCUCGCGAACGUUUUUGGCCCCUGUCAGAGAUGCAUCCAAAUAUUGUCGAGUUCCAAGGUUCUCACGGCGCCAUGUUACAUUUUACCGCUUGCUUCGAUCCGCGCUUACACACUUGCGCUCUAGAGUGUGAAACAAAGGCGAGAGAAGCGAUCGUCUCCAGCGCCACGUGUCUAGAGCUCGCGUGGGGGACUUCGAGACUCUUCUCUCGCGAUUCCGUGGCGUGCGAGAGUGCCGUUCUAGCACCGGUAGCGCUGCUCACUCAAACUGCGACGCAUUUCGCCAUCCUCAUCGACAGUCGGUCAGGUGGAGUUCAAGUGAAGGACCGUUGUGAAGACCGGGAGGUAAAACUGAUGUGCCGGCUUCAUCGUCGACAUUUCUCUCCCGCGCACUCCGACGCGCGUCAGUACUCGUGGGUUCCUUUACAACCGCGCGCUCGUGUGCACAACACGUCUCGAGCUCGCGUGCGAGAGAUAGCAAAACAGAGCUAUCUAGAGUAUUUCAUCGAUCCCCAAAGCCUGGAAAGCGCCUUUUCCGUGCGAGCGGCGACGAGUGACGCCGGCGUGUUGAGAGCGUGCGCCAGAUUUUGGUUCGAGCGACCCGUCGGCGAGGGAGACGUCGUCGUCGCGACGAGCGCUGAUGAUUUCAAAGUUGGACCUGUGCGCGCUACCGGUACCGUGUUUAAACACACGUUCGAUAAAGUGUACCGAACGGCGUCGGUAUCGAUGAAAAGUGGUACGCGAGAGCCAUCGCACGGGCAGCCGCCGCGCGCGCCGCCGCCGGAAUCGCGAGAAACGAUACGGCGCACGAUUCGAGCGCACUGCGCCCGAAUAAUCGGUGUCGAUACCAUCUCGGGACACGAAACGCUCACAGAUCUCGGCAUGGACUCUCUCACCGCUUCGGAGCUGCGAGCGGCUAUCCAAACCAACUUUGGUCUCGCGCUUCCCGUCGCCGCCGCGUACGAGUGUCCGACCGCCGACGCGCUCGCGGAAUACGUCGCGCGCGCGUCGAAGAAACCCCGAGAACCCAUCGGCAUCGCGACGACACCGUCGUCCAUCGAUCGUUCUGUGCGCGCACGCGCGCGCGCGGUCGUCAUCGCCAUCCUCGCCGUCGUCGUCGCCGUCGCCGUCGUCGUCGCCGUCCGCCUCGCCUGGGCCAUCCUCCAAAACCGCUGA